UAGAGCUCAUAGCCAUUUUGUUGUUUUGUUAUUUAGUACUAUGUACAAGCUAGGGUUGAAACUUGAAAUCUAGCUUGACAUGUAUACUAUACUGACGGUAUAUAUAAAGUACUACGUAUGUAAUGUAAUAUUAAUCUUUGAAUGAUUGAAUCCUAUUAGUAUGCAACUUCUUAAGCAUUAGGAUUAGGUUAAGCACUGAUAUAUAUAUAUGAUCGAUACGCCCCUCUUCUACGGCACUAUAUGAUAUGUUCCUCCACUAUAAGUAAUCUUAGUUUAUUGAUAGAUCUGUUCGACAUUCCUUUGACGGAACCAUGUUCAGCUCCAAUCCUUUAUCAACUCUUCUUCUACUUUCGUUUGUUGCUUUGUGCCUGUUUCAAUCACCAGUUUUUGCCACAAAAAAGUCCUAUAUAGUAUACUUUGGAGGACAUUCUCAUGGCCCGGAGGUAACCUCGGAAGAUCUUCGUCGCGUGACGGACUCACACCAUCAAUUUCUUGGAUCAUUCUUGGGAAGUGUUGAGAAGGCUAAGGAUGCCAUAAUCUACUCUUACAAAAGACACAUCAACGGUUUCGCAGCUCUCCUUGAAGAACACGAAGCUGCCAAGAUCUCACAGCAUCCGGAUGUGGUUUCUCUUUUCUUAGAUAAAAGCAGAAAGCUCCAUACUACUCGUUCAUGGGAAUUUAUGAAUUUGGAGAAGAACGGCGCCAUUUAUCCAGCUUCUCUUUGGAAGAAGGCGCACUUUGGCCACGACGUUAUUAUUGCAAAUCUUGAUACCGGUGUUUGGCCGGAGUCAAAGAGCUUUAGUGACGUUGGUUACGGUCCUGUUCCCAAAAGAUGGAGAGGGUCUUGCCAAAAUGAAACUAGUCCUACCGGCGUUCGUUGCAAUAGGAAGCUGAUAGGAGCAAAAUACUUCAACAAAGGCUUUCUUGCAAGCGGAGGUAAUGUGAGCCACGACCAGAACACUCCUAGAGACUACGAGGGCCAUGGCACCCACACACUAUCCACCGCCGGCGGCAACUUUGUACCCGGAGCAAACGUAUUCGGCGCCGGAAACGGCACUGCCAAAGGCGGAUCUCCCCGUGCCAGGGUGGCCGCUUACAAAGUAUGUUGGCCUAAUACCGGUGAAGGCGCGUGUACCGAUGCCGAUAUCAUGAAGGCCAUGGAUGCCGCCAUCCACGACGGCGUCGACGUCAUUUCGAUGUCACUCGGCGGGGAUCCGUCGGACUACUUUUCAGACGGCAUUGCGAUUUCUACUUACCACGCCGUGAGGAGGGGUGUGGUCGUCGUUUGCUCCGCCGGUAAUAGCGGACCCACUGCAAAGACGGUGUCCAAUGUUGCGCCGUGGAUUAUCUCCGUCGGUGCAAGCACCAUUGAUCGAGAGUUCCGAGCAAAUGUAAAUCUGAAAAACGGCUUGGUCAUAAAGGGAACAAGCGUUGCAGCAGCAAUGCCUCAGAAAUUCUAUCCAAUUGUCAAUUCCGCAGAUGCAAGAGCUUCCAAUAUAACUGGCCAGAAUGCGACACUAUGCAUGACAGGUAGUAUUGAUCCAGAAAAGGUGAAGGGGAAAAUAUUAGUUUGUACACGAGGGGUUAACACACGAGUGGAUAAAGGAGAGGUUGCGGCCAAUGCAGGGGCUGUGGGAAUGAUACUGUGCAAUGACGAGGCAAGCGCGAAUGAGAUCAUCGCAGAUGCUCACAUGCUACCCGCCACUCACAUCACUUAUGAGGAUGGCCUUAAGCUUCUUCACUAUCUCGCCAAUUCCAAAGAUCCGCAAGGGUAUAUAACACCCUCAAAGGCAUUCUUGCAAACCAAACCAGCGCCUGUGAUGGCAGCAUUCUCAUCAAGGGGUCCAAAUAGCAUCACUCCACAGAUUCUUAAGCCUGAUGUCAUAGCCCCAGGAGUGAAUAUUAUAGCGGCAUAUUCUGAAGGGGCAAGCCCAACAGGUCAAGUCUACGAUACCCGUAGGAUUCCUUACAAUGUUGAUUCUGGGACAUCUAUGGCUUGCCCUCACAUUAGUGGUAUUGUUGGCCUUCUACGGAGCGUCCAUCCUGAUUGGACUCCAGCUGCCAUUAGGUCUGCCAUUGUCACCACAGAGUGAGAGACAACACGGGCAAUCAUGUAAAGGAUGCUGACUACACAGAAGCAACGCCGUUUGCCUACGGCGCCGGUCACGUCCGACCAAACCGUGCCAUGAACCCCGGCCUGGUCUACGACCUGACCGAGGCGGACUAUCUAAAUUUCCUCUGUGCGAGCGGCUACAACCAUACCACCAUGAACAAAUUCUCAGGCGCAAAGCAUUAUACAUGUCCCAGCAAUCUUGACCUCUUGAAUGUCAACUACCCCGCCAUCACCAUUCCCAACCUCUCGGGCUCCGUCACCGUCAGUAGAACUGUCAAGAAUGUCGGUAAACCAGGAACCUACACUGCCCUGACACUUGAACCAGAUGGAGUUUCUGUAUCUGUGGAGCCUCAGACCCUCCAUUUCAAGGAAAGAGGGGAAGAGUUGAAGUUCAAAGUAACUUUGAAGGCCAAGAAGAAAGUUGAAGGUCACGUUUUUGGUGAGUUGAAAUGGUUUGAUGGGAUUCACCACGUGAAAAGCCCCAUAGUUGUUGCUAUGUCUUGAAGCUGCGUGCCUAUGCUUAGGGUUUGACUUUAGGUUAUAUUCCGUAGCUAAUUCUAGCAAAUAUAGUUGAUUAGUUUAUCAGAAUUACUCCGUAUUUAGUUUAGCUUCAAUAUUUGUUUACUUUUGCUUUAUCUUUCAAUAAAAGUUGCAUAAGACCUAUUUAAAAAUUACGAAGUAUUACGGAUUUCCUAGGGCAGCCGC